AUGAUGGAGAGUCCGCUCUCUAGAGGGGGAUCUGUGUCGCCAAACCGCGUUGGCACCAGCUGUAAUUCAUCUCUAGCGCUUGGGGGGCGCUCGGUAUCGCCUGGACCAAACUCGUUGACGUUGCCCGCGGUGAAUCAGAAGGUCGCGGUGGAGGGGUGGUGCCGUGGGGGACGGCUACGCCACCACAAAGUAAAUCCAAGUUUAUUUCAGGAGGGCGAGACGUCACUGCUUUUUGUCGAUGACGGCAAAGGUGGGAAGAGGGAAUCUGUCACGAGACCUCUGGAAGAACCACUAGUAGACGCGAAGCGGCAAUGUGGCAUGAAAAAUCCGGUGGAACGUAAGACGAGGGAGUCGACUACGAGUUGUAGGGGUAUGCUUGCGUUGGGGAACAACGGUGGACUAUCACGACAGCAGUUGCUAACGUUGACGGAAGCGUCAAAGGGAGGCACCACCGUCCCCUUGACGGACUCUUCUUCUCAGUGCACAGAGACGUCUCGAAACGGCGGCCAGCAGCGAACACGGCGCGUGGCAAAGAACGGCUUGGAGUAUGACCCGAAGACGUACGGCGAACUGCUCCCGGCCACGCUGAGGAUGCAUAAAGCGGGAUGUAUGCAAGCCGGGAUUGUGUCUAGUGCAGCGGUGAACGAAUUGCUUGCGGAACGUGAUGCUCAGCAGGCUAAUUGUGGGGCUUUAACAAUGAAUGGGGAGGGGUUUUACACAGUUUCUUUGCAGGAGCUGCAGGGGUUUCUUGGGGAGAUGAAUCAGUUUCAGGAGCGUGGAAAACACAUGCGGCGUCGUUGGAGACGCCAUCUACUGUGUGUGGAGGCGCCAAGCAGUGCGGCUAUCCGAGUGGUGAACGAGGAUGAUGACACAAGCUCCGAGAGCCUGCAGGAGCCUGACAGUGAUGAUAAAUUGAAACUGACUUUGUCAAGGCGACAGCAGCAGACGAGUGAGGCCACCAGGGCCGCUAUUUCUACCUGGCGGGAGGAGAUCAACGCUCUCCAACUUCGCGGAGGCAGCCCUCGGGGCGCAGUACUGCUGCGGAAUGAAAUUAAAAAAAGCCAGCGUGCCGUGGAAAAGGCUUCUCAGGGUGUCACCCUUUCAAAAAUUCUCAUGAUUCAGAAUGGAACAAAUGUGAAAACGCCAAAGGAAGAGGAGCAGAGAGAGCCAUUGAGGGAUCAAAGUUGUUUGUCCGCAGAGGAAAUAUCAUGGCGGACGGAGAAUACCAUGUCGCAGCGCACUGUUUCCCCCACGCCCCCUGGUCUUGGUGCCGCUGGUGGUGUGGAGCGCACAAAUGACGGUGGCAGCUAUCACGGUGAUAAAAGGAAAGAUAGCGACAGCGAUGCCGUUCAUCGCCGCCUUGGCAUCCAACUUGUUAGUCUGCUAAAUCGUGGUAAAGGCACAACGGUGUAUGGACUUGACAUUACUCGCAGAAAUAGGAGUUGCGUGGUGCAACAACACGUUCCGCCUGCAAAUUCGCUACCUCCAUUACAACCGGCGUCGGGAAAGAGUUCUCCCAUGGAUUUUUCCGUGACCUGGACGGGUGACGCAAAAAAAAAUCCGGAGCUGAAGGCGCGUCACACUCAUUACAGCAUACAACGACCAUCAAGACCCCUUCCUGUUGAGUACGGAGUAGGAGAACAGUCUAGCCUUAGGUUCAAGGCCCUAAUUACACAGUGGCGCCUAGAGGAUUGCCAAAUGGAGGUAAGGAAUCAGGAAGACAUUAGACGCACACGUGAGCUCCUGCAAGAGCUAAUACCGAGACGAGCGGCGUUGCUUGAUGAGUCGCUGAAGUGCUCCCGUGAGAACGCCAGAGUUAUUCUCCAGAAACACCGUCAACAGAUUUUCAAAAGGGUUGCAGAGAAGGACUCCGAGGAACGAAAGCAGGCCUGUUUUGCAUACGUAGGCCUAUUGGAAGAAAACUAUAGUGGUGUGGUCGCCGAAGGAUCCUUGGCUGCCAUUCGAAAAGCGUUGCAGAAGACACGUGAUCUCAUUAAAGUCUCACCCACGCGCUGUAACGCGCGUAGCUUUCAAAGUAUUCUGAAAGAGAACUUUUUAAUUGCCCACCUCGUUGAGGUGCCAGUACGCGAACUCCUUUGGCGGCUUGCGGAAUUGUUUGGUAUGACAAGGUCACAGUACAAGUCUGCCAUGUCUAAUGCUUACCAAUUGCUCAAUACCCCGCGAGACUACCAGGCUCGCUUUCGCGAGAUUGAACGCACAAUUGUGAGCAUUUCGGCGCCGACGGAACGGCGGAUUCGUCUCACACUUCACCGCUGCCGCUUUUUUCUAGCAAACAACACCGUCGGCACAUCGCAUGUUGUUUCCGCGAUAGGGGGUGAAAGGAGCAGGGAAUUGUCCGAGAUUUAUGUGCAAAUAAAAAGUGAGAAUCAAGUUUUUAUUUCUACGGCUGUGCGGGCGCGCAUCAGCAACGAUGAUGAUACUUUCAGCUGGAAUGUCUCCCGAAGAGACGGCAAGUACCCUCCGCGUUGCGGUGCGAAUUUCAUGGACCAGGCGUUUCGUUUUAACUUUGGCGAGAACGCAGAGCUGGAGGUGGCGCUCCUGCACAACGGGCUGGUGAUCGCGAGUGGCAAAUUCUGCUUGUCGGACUGCACAUUCAACCCGCGUGGUAUUGCGCUGCUGUGGCUUCGUCUGUCCGGCGAGGGGGGAGCGGAGGCGGAGAUCAAACUUACACUUGCAAUGUUGGCUGAGAAGAAUCAACAGAAGAAGACACUGCGGAAUUAA